AUGGCCAAGCAUCUGAUCACAGGCAUUCCCCUAGAUGAGCUUCCAGACAACUUCCAAGAAGCGAUACGAGUGACCCGUUUCUUGCAGGUGCGGUACAUCUGGAUCGAUAGUCUUGCAAUCGUUCAGGAACCUUUCGGCGACUUUGCAAAAGAGGCCGAUCUCAUGCACAAGGUGUAUCGGUACUCGCAUUGUAAUAUCGUUGCAGCGGACUCAGAGGAUGCAUACGGCGGUCUAUUCAGGAGACGAAAGCCUCACCAAAUUCUUCCGGUCGAAUACAAAGGUACCAAUACACACCAUAAUCUGGGGGAGAAGGCUUGGACGAUUGUCCCGGCGGACCUUUGGGAGAAAGAACUUCUGAGCUCCGUCAUAUACGGUCGUGCGUGGGUCUUUCAAGAACGUAUCCUCUCUCCUCGCAUCCUCCACUUCACAAAGCAUCAGAUCUUCUGGGACUGUGGCACGCUCUCAGCCUGCGAGGUAUUCCCAAAAGGCCUUCCCUUCCCUCUCGACCACAAAGCGAGCACGGAUCGACACUGGAGAGGACGGCUAGCUAAAAGCACCGUCUCAUCGAACGCCUUGGUCGGUGUCAUUGACAACGAAAGCUCCUACACUUUCUGGAUGUCCGCGGUUCAAAACUACACGGAAUGCGAACUGACCAAUCAAGGCGACAAGACAAUCGCAAUCUGGAGUAUCGCAAAACUGCUACGCGAUUUUAUGAACGAGCAAUACGCUGUGGGUAUGUGGUCGGAGGCGCUCGAGGAGCAACUGGCUUGGAGAGUGCGGGAUACAAAAGCAUGUAAGAGGAUGCCGGAGCUAGACGCCAAUAUCCCCAGCUGGUCUUGGGCAAGUAUCAAGGGUGCCGUUGUGCCUCAACACCGACUAGCCAAACGACCGUACAAGAUUACAGAUCAUGAUGAAGCUGUCGUCGGGUUUGCGGUCAAAGAAGAGACCAGACAAGGCGACAAGGAACCCAUAUUAGAGAGCAGAACACUGGCACUGAAGGCCCACAUCAACUUUGGGCGACUGGUCAGAGGUCAAGAAGACCAAGACCGUCUCCAUUUCCCGAGCAAGAUCUCUACCGACACCGUUGAAGUAGAUGUCUUCCUCGACACUCCACGAGCGACUACAUGCAUCGACCCAGAACACUGCGCAUUUGUCAUCCUCGCCGCAUCCGCCACUCCAAACACCACCAACACCCCCCAAGCGCGCCAAACGUACUCCGGUGUAGGCCUCCUCCUCAUCCAAUGCCGUACCUGGUUCGCCGAGCAAGAACGGCUGUACCAGGACUACAAAAGCGCACUAGCAGGCGUAGAACCGUCUCGAGAACAAAGAUGGCGCCUAGAUGCAUUCGAGAAACUCAUGUUGCAGCAGUCAGAGCGAGUCAUGAAGAUGGGAUGGAAGAUUGAAUGCAUGUAUCGGCGGGUGGGAGCGCUGCAGUUCCGGGAUAUGGAUGAGCAGACUUUUAGUUCUUUGACGGAUGACGGGCACCGGGAGGAUAUCUGGUUGGAGUGA